AUGGGAGACGAGCGUGCGGAGGCCAGCAGCGAAGGCGGACCCCGAACGUGGGCGCGGGCUCUGCUGACGCACAAGCAGGCGGCAGAUUUUGUGCUCGGCGGACUGGCCACCGUGACCGCUGUCCUGUUCACCAAUCCCAUCGAGGUGGUGAAGACGCGACUGCAGCUGCAAGGAGAACUGCAGCAGCGGGUCGCCAAGAACAAGCGGACCUAUCGUGGUGUGUGGCACGCGUUCAAGACCAUCAUCUCCACCGAGGGACCACUAGCCAUCCAAAAGGGUCUGUUUCCGGCUGCCGCCUACCAGUUUUGUAUGAAUGGAAUGCGACUUGGAUCGUACAGCGUGUUCAAGCAGCUGCUACUGGAGAAUCACGGAAGCGCGAGCAAGGAUUCGCUCUUCUUUUUGAAGAACAUGCUCGCAGGUGCCACGGCGGGCGUGUUGGGUGCGGUGGCGGGCUCUCCAUUCUUCCUCGUGAAGACUCGAAUGCAAGCACAGACCGAGUAUUGCGGUCGAUACGUCGCGCUGACCUGGGGCUACAAGCACAGGGCGUUCAAGAGCAUCGUGCAGGCAGAGGGGCCGCGUGGUCUGAUGCGAGGAGCAGACGCGGCGGCGCUGCGGGUGGGAGUGGGUUCGAGCGUGCAGCUGCCACUCUACGAUAACGCCAAAUCGCUCAUUCUCGCCACCGGGUGGUUGGGCAACAAUAUCUAUGCUCACGUGGCGGCCAGUUUGGUGUCAGGUGUGGGCCUGGUGGUUGCCAUGAACCCGUUUGAUGUCGUUGCCACGCGACUGUACAACCAAAAGGUCGAGGGUGGCAAGGGAGCACUGUACAGAGGGCCCUUCGAUUGCUUGUGGAAGACGGUGAAGGCUGAGGGUGUCUAUGGCCUGUACAAGGGUGUGUUUGCACACUACCUUCGCACAGGACCUCACACUAUUUUGACAUUUGUGUUCUGGGAACAGUACAAGAAGCUGGCCAGCAACUUGUGA